GUAAUCGGGGCUACGCGUUGUUGCAGAGUCACUGCGACUGUUCGACUGUAAACAAGGAGCAGAGGAGAGUCGGUGUUUACCAGCAUUAACGUCUGCUUUUCUAUGUUAGCGUUUAAUUCUGUCAAUAAGGAGUCAGUUAACUAGUGGAGGGUCUGCCUAUCCAUGUCUAGCCUGCCAGUAGAAACACAGGUCGUGCUUUUGCGGAGACACUACACGGAGCUAGUCUAAGCUAGCCUGUUAGCAUCCUUAGCUUGAGUUAGCCACCUAGCUUCGCUGGCUAGUCAACAUCCACGGGUGUGCUGCGUGGAAACACCCUUUAUGCACCGAGUAUCUCUCUCUUUACUACGACCAGGAUAUCAUCAACCCUGGGUGGCUGGUCAGAGCAGCCUCCUCCCACCAUGGAGGCAGGAGGGAAGGACUGUGAGGAGGAAACUCUGCAGACGGCGUUCAAGAAGCUGAGAGUUGACGCUGAGAGUUUACCUGGAGCUGUGAGCGUUUCGGAGGCGUUAACUCCCAGAGCAGCGUCCCGAGCUUGUCUAGAAUCAGGCGGAGCAAAGCCCAAACUGAGCUGCCCAAAGGACAACUGGCACGGCUGUAUGAGGAAAUCCUCUCGAGGAGCGUCCAGAACUCAGCGCCGUCGGCGGUCUAAGUCCCCGAUCCUGCAGCCUCCUAAGUUCACCUACUGCAGCAACACAGCGUCCUCCACGCUGUCGCCCCCUGGUGGCUGCCUGAAACACCAGCGCCUGGCUGUCCCCGAUCCGACAGAGUCUCGAUCUGCAGCAGACGGAGCAGCGGCAUCCUCAGUCUCUGUCCCCGCCCGAAAUGAGCUCUCUCCUUCAGGUCACAUUGCCCCCUUUGGAUCCUGUGCUGGUUUUGAGACACAGGAGGUCACCGCCACUGUCGUGACAUCAUCAAGUCAGGACAGAGGGAGCUCUGUGGAGUUGAGCGAAGAGAACGGCGUGGAGAAAAGUGCCUGUGAUGGAGCAGAGUCUGCAACGAUACCCAGACCAACAGAAGCUGCUGACUUCAGAGCAUUAUCAGAGCUCCACAGCAACUCUGAUAACGGCGCCAUCGUUUCCUGCUCCUGCUCCCGGAAGAAAAGCUCCAGUUCUCAGGACGGGGGCGCUCAGGUGGCCCAAUCCCAGUGCCAUUGUCAGUCCAAUCAGCAGGGCUGGGCCGGCGUGGAGGUGUACUCCUUCACUGGGCUCAGAAACGUCAUCUCUGAGUGCGAGAGGGGCAUGCCGAGCCACGCCGACGCCACCAGAACUCUCAGCACCAACACUAACGCCGCCACAGCCUCUCCAUCGGGCUCCCCCCGCUCGUGUUCAGAGCAGGCACGCGCCUACGUGGACGACAUCACGAUAGAGGACCUUUCUGGCUACAUGGAGUAUUAUCUCUACAUCCCCAAGAAGAUGUCACACAUGGCCGAGAUGAUGUACACUUAAAGAGUUAAUAUAAGGAAGAGAUUACAGAGGCGCUCUCUGAGGAAUGUCAGUAGUGGCUAGCAGAGUGGAUCAGGCAUGAAAAGUUGUGAUUAAAAAGUGCAACAUCAACUGAUUUUACCCCGUUUUCCUGCUUUCCCUCCGUUUAAUCAGGACUGGCAGAAACUACGUCUACUCCUCAGUUCUGUCUCUCCCCCCUCCCUCUUUGUGCUACGUUAAAUUUUUAAUUUCCAGUUUACAGAUGAAGUUGCCAAAGCUCUUGGUGCAGAAGGACAUAAUAGUAGGAAUAUAUGCAAACAUGUAAGACAAGUGUUUGUGUCUGGGUUUCACUUCUCUCAAUAAAGAAACAAACUGUAGAAAUGAUCUCAGCGUCUCCUCAGUCAGCGUGGAUGGUGAAGGAGAACGACUGUCAGCUUUUAUGCCAGUGCUUUUAAGGCUUGAAUUCAUAAUGUCAUGUUUUUAUUACAUUGAUAGUAUUUGUCCCCUUUAGUUUAACCUAUGGUGCUCUAACUCAGCGUUUCCCUGCAGCCACAGAGGUGUGAAACCGUUCCACUGCUGCUCCUGAAUGUCUCAUUUCUCUUUAAAAACAGCUCAGUCAAAGCCAUCUGAACGUUUACCUUUUUUACUAGGGAUGCACCGUAUUAUCGCUCUGAUAUCGGAAUCGGAUAUCAACAUUUCUGCUGAUAUUUCCAUCCAUAUUUUACCUAUUUCAGCCAACACUGACUCUAAAUUUUGUCCAUAUAUCCUCAUACAUUAUUGGAGACCUGUGUCAGCUGAGGUCUUCUUUAUUUAACCUCAUUCUUUAAACUUUCAAGUGUUUUUAGGGACUAGUUUGUUUCCUUGAUCAUCCUCAGGGUGCUGUACUCAAGACCACACUAUCCAAGACCAAGACUUUUGAGGGUCAAGACCAAGUCAAGACUGAGACCAUAAAAAUCUGUUUUUAAAAGCCAUGACAAGGUCGAACAGUAAAAGAGCAUUUUCUCUUUCAUCUA